UAAAUAGAUAAAAGAUCACGUACAUGUAUAUAUAGAGAUAAUUGUAUGUCUGUUAUGUAUAUUCAUAUACUUAAUUGUUGACUGCGAUUCGUUUGGUACAUGAGGCAAUGCUGUUUCCAACAGGUUCUACUCUCAAUCUGCUGCUUGUGUCGGCGAUGACGAGUCAGGCGUUCAUUCUCAAUGAUAACUUUAAAGGCGAAUGUUUUGAUAAGCUUGGCACCUGCUCUUCGUAUGGUGCAGAUAUGUGCAGUAGAAACAAUGGGCUCUGGGCUAGAGCGUACUGCCAAGCGACAUGUGGGUAUUGUGACACUUCAAAGAACACUCACAGUCACGGCUGCACAUACAAAAACGUGACGUACCACGACGGCCAGACAUGGGAUGACGGCUGUGACUAUAAGUGCACAUGUGUCGACGCCAGCAACAACUUUUUUACGUGUACAGAAUACUGCCCAAAGCAUGAAACAGAAGACAUGGCGGACGGAUGUCACUGGGAAAAGGUUCCGUUUGAGUGUUGUGAGGUAGAACUUUGUCCUAAUAAGAUUAUAGGAGUAACAGCUGGUGGCUACACAUCGACCACAUCGGCAGCCUUUACACCUGAGAACUGACCCAACACAGCAUGAUCCAAAUAAAAUAUAUCCACCCAGCA